AUGGCCUACGCACACUGCGGUAUCUGCAUUUCACAUCAUGCCUUAGAUGCCUUUCGAUUUCUGCCUUGUGGACAUGGAUAUUGUAACACAUGUAUGCGUCAAUUGACGGCCCCAGGAAUACCACGAAUAUGUCCUAUAUGUCGAAAGAAGUUUAGAAGUGGGCAGGAACUCAAGAUCCACGUCGAGCUAUCCGACCCCAGCGACGCAGCUUCAUCCAUCGUGGUUGACCAGAUCAACGCGCUUACCAAGGAUUCCUCUCCGGAAGCCGCCCAGAAGACAACCCAAGAGCUUGAAAAGAUGGUUUUCUAUCAGGCGGAGGAGCUAGACGAGGAAAAGGCUGAGACUAUUGUGCAAGCUAUCAAUAGCUUGAAAGAGCGCAUUGUCCCCGUGUUCUCACUCUGUCAAACAUACAAGCAACGCAUUGGGGCCCUCAAAGUCGACUUAUCGAGAACAGCGCGAGAAAAGCACAGAUUAAUAGACGAGCUGAAAGAGGUCGAGAAACUCAGGCAGAACCUCGAGACGGCGCAGGCCAACUGGCGAAAGGUGUAUGACAAGCUCAAGGCCGAGGAAAAGAUUGCCGCCGACGCUAUGAAGUUAGUAGAGGAGGCAAACAAUAAAGUGAGUGACUUGACGGCAGAGAGGGCGGGGUUGCGGACUCGGAUAGAAGAGGCUGAGGCUAGGAAUAAGAUGCUGGAGAGAUUGCUUGAAAGGCAUGUACAUGAUUCUCAGAAGAAGGCGGAUAAGAUCAACGGACUCAAGCAAGAGAAUAUGGUGUUAAAGGCAGCACAGGACAAACGACAUUCGUCGCCGAUACCAGAGGAAGAUGGAGGAUGGUCGCAGUACGAUUCUCAUCCCCACAUCAUGAAUCCCUCUUCGACACCCAUUCGAAGAACUACACGGAGUAACGCCCCGCAAACGCCCAUGUCACCUGCCGAUCCACUAGACUUUCUUGAGGGGCUGCCGCGCCCAGGAUUUAGGUCUGAAUGGAACCUUCCUAACCCCAAUCCCAAUCCUCGGGGCGUAAAAAGGAAGUCGGAUGGUUUGGUUUUGGAUCGUCGCGGGCACCCGUUGGCGGCGGUCCAGCUUGGGCCAAAAAAAGGUGAUGUAGUGAUAGCUGUUUCUCUCGAUUUCUCUUCGUCCGAGCCUCCUAACCACAAUCUUGAAUCCCCCGCCUGGCCGACAAUGAACUGUAGUAUAUGCCUCGGAAUUUUGAAGGAGCCGGUCUCCAUUCCGUGUGGGCACAUCUACUGCUCCAUCUGUAUCGCAAACUACGUUAACUCCGCGUCCGACGAUGAAGAGGAGGUUAUGCCCAUGUCGACGUGCCCCACCUGUCGUUCUCCAUUUACUCUCUUCACCCCAGAUCUUUCACUUUUGUCGAGGAAAUAUCGACCAUACGUCCUCCCAGGAAUUAGGCGCAUCUACCUCGAUAAUACGCCCCACCAAGAACUACAAAGGAAACUCAGAGAAGCCGAGAAACGGAUAAAAGCACUAGAGAACACCAAGCAAGAUUUACUUCGGGAGUGCGAACGACAUAUGGCAGUCUCAAACGCGCACGCGGAAGGGGAACACCAGGCGCGCAUGGAUCUGAGCGCGGCUCAAGAGGAGUCGAUCGAGUUCCAGGAGGCCGCCCAACAAUGGGAAGCGGAAGCAGACAAUUUAAGGGAAGACCUAGUUGCGGUCACUAAGGAAAGGGAUAUCCUGCGGAAGAAGUAUGAGCGAGGGCGGGCAAUGGCAGAUCAGCGACAAGCAGAGGCAGAAAGGCGUGAAUCUGAGCUGGUCAAGAUGAUCCAGGAUAUGUCAGUCCAAUGUAAAGGGCUUGCUAUGCAGGCCGCCUUGAAGGGGUCAAAUUCUCCAACUGAGCCCAAGCGCAAGCGCAAAAUACUGGUGGCGGAUGGCGCGUCAAGUGAUGUGUCGUCCUAUUCGCGUGGUGCAUCACCCCGCCGUGUUUCGUAUCCGAGUGACGAUCCAUCGGUUCGACCCGCGAAGCGAGCUAAGAAGCCUCUUCCCCGUCGUAGUGUUGGAUCAGCCGAACCAUCGUGGCCAUGUUCUGAAGAUGAUGACGACCCACCACCAUCAUUUCGAGGAAGAGGAAUUAAAGCAGAAGAUAACUACUAA